AUGCUCAACGAGAACUACGACCUCGAGGCGAAGCUGCUCGCACGCAACUGGUCCCUAACGGCAGUGAGCGGAUUAGUACUUCUGGGUAGGAUAUAUUCGCGAUUAUGGAAACAACGGCUGGCACUGUGGUGGGAUGACUGGAUUAUCCUUCUGACGUGGCUGCUACUGCUCAUAACGUCCAUCUACUCCAUCUUCCAGCUGCGCGGCUCCGGGGUGCCCGUAUCAGACCUCACAGCACAGGAAAGAACCGACUUCAUGUUUUGGACCCAGCUGGUUGCCACAAUCGCAGUCAUCACCAGUGCUUCGGCCAAGACGGGCUUCUGUGUAACACUCGUCCGCGCCUCCGCACCUCAACUGCUGCAACAGAACCUGAAUAGGAGCAGUGACUCCUGGAGCCAGAGCAGCGCCGAGACCGCGCGGCCGCAACGGAGAUGGAGGGAUACCGUUGGAAACUGGCAGUGGGGGAUGGACUGGCCAACGGGAGGGAGCAGCCAAAAAGAAAACAAGAAUAAGGAAAACAAGGAAUCAAAUUCCAAGUGGAGAAAUAGUUCCGGGAACUGGCAGUGGCCUAAGAAAGCCAAGUCUCGAAAUCAACAACCGACGUCCGAAUCUGCCACCCCUGAGGAGUCUACAACAAGCUGGCGAGACUCUGCCGGAAACUGGCAGUGGGGAUUGAGCAUAAAGGGACAGACACGCCAUAAAUGGCUCCGGUGGACAUCAUGGAUCAUUCUGGUCGCCGUAAACAUCGUCUCACUACUCGCUGGCGUCUUGAUAUGGACGCGCUGCGAUCCCAUCACCAAGACGUACCGACCAGAUGUCCCUGGACAGUGCUUCAGUAACACCACUACCUCGGCAAUCUUCACCACCAAUAACGCCUUCUCGGGGGCUAUGGAUCUUAUCCUUAGCAUGCUGCCCUUUCUGAUAAUUUGGGGAAAAGGCCUAACUCGAGGACAGAAGCUAGGAGUGUUUUUUUGUGUUCUGCUGGGAAGCCUUACUGCAGCUGCUGCCUUUGUCAAAGCUGCCCAAACACAACUCAACAUGGACGGCGACCCAACCAUAACUGGAACGAGCUAUCUGGUUUGGGGCACCGUCGAAUCGCACGUCCUCGUGAUCGCUGCUUCGCUCCCUUCUCUGGGCUAUUUCAUCUGGCCACCACGCGACGACGACCGCACCAUCGCGCCAUCGGCGCAGACUUGGCGCAUCCCGACGCCCGAGGGGCUGCGUGAAGCCAUGGAUCGACCUGUGACCACAGCUGACCUGCAGUCGACAAGUCAACCAAUGAUUCGCUGGGACUUGGACAAGGGAAACAUGAUGCCUACCUACCCUAAGGUCGUGGCGGCGGAUGUGAAGCAAACUGGGGAGGCUCCGUUACCUCCCACCAGUAUAAUGGCGAGACCCAGGCCGAAGUCAUCCAACGCCAUGCUACGACCCCCGCCGGUGCCUGUCAAAGAUGCGCGGAGGGAUCAAAGGUCAAAAUCGAUGAUUUCGGGGAGUUCGGCCAACGCCAUGUUCAUCUGA